AUGAUUCAAAAUGGGCAGUUGAAUCAUCCUCAUUCGCAUCAUCAGCACCAUUCGCUUCUCAAUGUUCAACAGCCUAUUCCUUCUGUACCACCUUCAACAUCGCCACCAGUCGUUGGAAAUUCAUUCUCUGUGCCAGUUCAUUCCAAUAACAUGAUGAUGAUGACGGGUUCUCAAGAAAAUCCUUCUCCGUCCUCUUCUUCCUCUCCUAAAUAUGCUCCUUCAUCAUCGCUACCACCACAAUUUAUGAAUCAAGGAGCUGCAAAUAGAUCUUCUCCACCUUAUGUACAAAUAAAUCAAUAUAAUCAUAGUAAUGGACAACGUCAUAGUAGAAUAGGUUCAUCACCUCCGGCAAUGAUGAUGUAUAACACAGGAAAUAUUCAAUCUAACCAUCAACAACAACAAUUUCAGCACAAUAAUAAUCAUCAACAACCUAUCAUGCAUCACAAUACAAAUGGCAUCACGGAGGGAAAUUACCAUAACAAUUUUAACAAUCCCACGAGCAAUAGUAGCUAUCAUCAACCUUCGCAUCCUCAAAUAUUUCCACAAUCACAUCCAUACGGAUCUGGCAAUAGUAGCGCUUUGAAUCAUAACGGAGUGUGGGGAAAUUCCUAUCCUCAACAAACAACUCAUCAACCAACACCCAGAGGAAGUAUUAGAGGAAAUGCCAUCCAUAAUCCUUCCCAAUCCUCGUAUUUCACAGAAUUACGAAUGGAAUUUCAAGUACUUUCACAACAAGCUCAAAAAUUGAAAGAUCAGAAGACUCAAUUGAGAAACGAAGUGGGACAUUUGGAAGAAGUUAUAUUUAAGUGUCAAGAAAAGAAAUCUUUUUUGGAAGAUAAAGAAAAGAGAUUGGAUAAAUUACAAAAUAAUAUCAAACAAAAGCUGAAAGUUGUACAGGAAAAGCUUUUUAAACUUGAAGAGCAAUCACCACGAAAUUUUGAGGAUGUGAAAAAUAACUCAUCCAAUACCACAAUCAACAAUACCACUAAUCAUGUUAACAACAACCCAUUAGCUAACGAAGAGGACAAACGAGAGUGGACCUCAACAACCCCUCCAUUGGGAGAUGAAGCAUUAACCGAUGCUUUAUCCCAAACUGCACAAGACAUUCCUCUACCUCCUGAAAAUAAUAACACCAAUAUUAUUCCUGAUGGAAUUUCUGAGGACGAUAACGAAUCUCAAAAUUUAGACGAUGUUCUUGAGGAUGACAUGGACGAUGAUGCUUGGAGUUACACAAGCGCUGGAAGUGAUUUAAGUAUUGCUUCGAGAGUUUCACUGCCAGCCAAUAUUUCACAUCACAUGAGUAAGGGAAAUCAACACUAUAACUCGUUGAAUCAACAAGGAAGGCCUCCAUCUCUAAAUAGGAACAAGCACAGAGCUUACCAUCAUCAUACUUUGGACGAUGUUGUUUUUAAUACUCAAUUCAGAACACGUUCAGCAUCGUUUAAUUUUCAACAAUCAUACGGACAAAUUACUCCAAGAACCUACAGAAAGAAAGUCUUAAAAGAAUUGGCCAAUUCAGACACACCUUUUGAUUUGUCUGAAUGUACUCUGAGAGGCCAUACCAAGUCCAUUACUGCCAUUCACCUCAUUGGAUCAAGAUUUGUAAUUUCAGGCUCUGCAGAUUGUACGGUUAGAGUUUGGGAUUUACAUUCUAAAUCACUGAUUCAAACUCUAACUGGCCAUACAGGUUGGGUUCGGUCUGUGACCUCUGACAUUUCUGACUUCAACGCAGAAACGGACGAAUAUGAAAGACUAAUUGAUGAUUUGAAAUUUGUUGUCAGUGGUUCAGGAGAUGGUACCAUACGGCUAUGGGACGUGAGUAAUCCCGAUAUUGAGGAAAAGUGCAUUAAGGUCCUCAAGGGACAUGAGGGAGGAGUUACAUGCGUGAAGAGUGAUACCAAUGGAGUGAUUGUGAGUAGUAGUGUGGACAAGACAGUGAAAGUUUGGGACAGAAAUCAAAGUGAGUGCGUUCAAACCUUAAUUGGUCAUGAACGAUACGUGAAAACUCUGCAAUUUAAAUCACAUGCACUUAUCACAGGAGGCGGUGACAAGUGUAUUCGGUUAUGGGACUUGCGUUCUGGAAAAUGUACCAAACGAAUCAAUGCACACGAUACUAUCAAUGUGCUUCAAUUCACAGAUGAUAGAAUCAUUGUUGGAUGUCAAAGUGGACAAAUAUUGGACUAUGAUCUAAAAGCAGGUAAACUUUUGGAUAAUCUUGCAAGUCAUGGUGGUCCAAUUUCUGGGUUGAAGUUCAUUGGGUCCAGACUCAUAUUCUCCUCAACUGUACCGAUUACUUCAGCUUUCCACAGGCAUCAUUUAACGAAUAGCAACAACAGCAACGACUUUGGACUUGCAUCACCCAGGGUAGCAUGUAAAAUGAAUGGCCGCUCUUUCCUUUGCCUGAAUCCAAUCGAGUACAAUUUGGAAACGAAAAAAACAACACGAGAAUUCUUUGGACAUGUUGGAUCUGUAAAUAGUUUAGAUUUUAGCUCAACAAAAUUGGUGACUGGAUCGACUGAUCAUACCAUUAAAUCAUGGGCUCUGUAG